GAAAGAGGAAAAAAAAUGGCAUAACAUAAUAAAGCAAUGAGCAUGGCUAUAACCCACAAGAGAACUACAAGCAAGGAGAGCCUUUGAGAUUUAUCCAUCAUUUUCCAUUUCCAUUUAUUCCCCACUAUUCCCCCUUCUUCUCUUUCGCUUGGAUCGCAAUACCCCAAUAAUCAUGAGACGUCUUUGUCCCAACAUCGACCGAGACGACGGCCUCGAAACUAUUCUCGAGGUCCCAAUCCCUGAAGAAAUGUUCACCAGUAUGGGCAGUAACGUCACUCUCCGAUGGCAAAACAUGUCCACUUGGAUGAAAGCUCAAACCUCCGACAAAUGGUCUUCUCCUAUCAUCGCUAAUCGCUUGAACGAGCUUCGAUUUCUCCUCUACCUCGUCGGAUCUCCUCUCAUCCCUCUUCAAGUCCAAUUAGGCCACUCUAUUCAUCGCCCCGUCAGAGAUUGUUCCAUUGAGGCUUCGACUGCAAAGUAUAUUGUGCAACAGUAUAUAGCCGCGACGGGAGGACCGGCGGCGUUGAAUUCGGUGCAAAGUAUGUGUGUGACGGGGCAAGUUAAGAUUAAGGCGUCGGAUUUUCAUUUGUCGGAUGAGAGUAUCGAGGUGAAGAAGAGUACGGAAGAGAUCGGCGGGUUUGUGCUUUGGCAGAAGAAUCCGGAUCUAUGGUGUUUGGAGCUUGUGGUUUCUGGUUGUAAGGUUAUUUGUGGUUCUAAUGGAAAGCUUUCAUGGCGACAUUCUUCUAAUAAUCAACAUUCUCCCAUCUCCACUGGCCCUCCUAGACCUUUACGCCGAUUCCUUCAGGGUUUAGACCCAAGGGCAACAGCCAACCUAUUCAUAGACGCAAUGUGCAUCGGGGAAAAGCUAAUCAACGAUGAAGACUGCUUCAUUCUAAAACUCGAAACAAGCCCAGCAAUUCGUGAAGCACAGAGCGGCCCUAAUUACGAGAUAAUCCACCACACAAUUUGGGGUUAUUUUAGCCAACGCUCUGGUCUUCUCAUUCAAUUCGAGGACUCUCGGCUCCUACGGAUGCGAACCAAAAGCGACGAAGAUGUCUUCUGGGAGACCAGCACGGAGUCCUUUAUGGAAACCUACCGUUACGUUGAUGGCGUCAACAUAGCUCAUAGUGGUAAGACCAACGUCACCGUUUUCAGAUACGGCGAACAUUCUGCUAAUCACAAGAGGGAGAUGGAAGAGACUUGGAAGAUUGAAGAAGUUGAUUUUAAUGUAUGGGGUUUGACAAUGGAGAGCUUUCUUCCACCUCCUGGCACCUCCGUCUUGCAAUUGCAUGACGCUUCUUAAUCGCUUCUCAUGGUUUCGAUUGCUUUAUUUUUUGUGUUCUGUAUAUACACAAAUUUUAUAAUUUGUCCAUUUUGAUAUUUGUUCUUUGAGGACAUUUUUUUUAAAAAAAAAUUUAAAAGUUAACUAAUGCGAUUUUUUGAGGAUA